AAUGUUCCUUUCCCUUCUCUUUUUUUAAUUUAUAAAUUCUCAUUUCUUGAGAUAGCAUUUGAAUAAACAACAAAGAAGUUCCUUCAUAUAUCUCACUUCCUUCCUUCAAAGCUACUUCCCCUCUCAAGAUGGCAAAUUCUUCAGAUGUUCCAAUAAAAAAGGAUCCAAUUAGGACAAUUAAACCAAAGGAACUUAAUAUCGUAUGGGGAAAUGACACUCGCUAUUGGAAGAUGCAUACUCCUGACGGGCCGGAGAAGGAAGAAGCAGCAGAGCUAAUUCAGGUGUGUUGGCUUGAAGUAACAGCCUCAGUCAAGGAUAAACAAAUAGAGAAAGGUAAGAGUUUUGAGAUUAUCUUUGAGAUACAGAUGAAAGAUGACAAUUUUGGGUGGAAUGGGUGUCCUGUUUUUAUGAUGGCAAAGGCAGGGAAGAAGGGAAAAUACAGGUGGGAAAAGAUUAACUUAGCAAACAUUGCCACUGAACCCAAUAAAACAAAACCUGAGAUUCGUAUGAGUAUUGAUGUUAAAGAUGAUAGCCAUGAAAACACUCUUUAUUUCGGCUUGUAUGAGGUGUGGACUGGCAGGUGGAAGGGAGGUUUGGUAAUUUAUAAGGCUGAAGUUAGACCCAAGUAGAUUGAUGAGUUCAAAUUAUAAUAGUUUCUAUAUUUUUAUAAUUGUAAUAGAAUAAUGUGGGUGGAACUUGUAUUUCACCUAAAGGAUGCAACAAAUAUUAUCAAUAAUUAACAGACUUUGUGGUGUUGUAA